ACCAUAUCCCUCCCUUUCAUUCGUCAAUCCCUCUCCAUCAAGCUCUAUAGCCAUGGUCUCCAUCGGCACUCGCUCCCCCGUUUACGGACGUCAUGGAAUGGUGUCGUGCUCGCAGCCUUUGGCGUCCGAAAUCGGACUGCGCAUCUUAAAGCAAGGAGGCAACGCUGUGGACGCCGCUAUCGCCAUCGCCGCAGCUUUGAACGUCACGGAGCCUUGUUCCACCGGCGUGGGCGGUGACUGUUUCCUGCUCUUCUACGACGCCAAGACCAAGCAAGUUCGAGGCCUUAAUGGAAGCGGUCGCAGCCCGGCAGCUCUCACUGCAGAGCAGGCGAUCAAAGACCUCGGAGAGGACGCUACAGUGAUCCCCAGUGGCCACGGCCACGCUGUCACGGUACCUGGUACCGUUGCAGGUUGGGUGGAUGCGGUGGAAGCCUGGGGGACACUGAGUAUGGCGGAAAUUCUCAAUCCUGUCAUUGGCUUGGCACGCGAAGGAUUUCCCGUAAGUCCGUUGACUUCGGCUAGUUGGGAACGUGGUAAGAGUCAACUACUACGUGGUCCCAAUGCUGCUGAACUGCUGAAUGCUGACGGACAAGCACCGAAAGCUGGUGAGAUUUUUACGAAUGAGAAUCUGGCGAAAUGCUUCGAAGAAGUGGUAAAGAACGGUAAGAAGGCGUUCUAUGAGGAUGGACGUAUUGCACGAGCCAUCGUGGACAUGGUAAAGGAGAAAGGGGGCGUGAUGACGCUAGAGGAUCUUAAGAACCACAAAUCAACGUUUGUGACGCCCAUCAACACGAAAUUCCAAGGUGUCGACGUGCACGAGAUACCCCCUAACGGACAGGGGAUUACGGCGCUGUUAGCGUUGAAUAUCCUAACGCAACUUACGAAGGAUGGAGGGCUGCCACCGCAGGGUAGUGCAGAGUUUGUGCACUUACAGAUUGAAGCUCUUCGUCUUGCUUUUGCGGACGCCAAGUGGUUCGUGAGUGACAUGGAACACAACACAUCGCUGCCUGUAAAGGAACUACUGAGUGAAAACUACGCUAAAAAGCGUGCAACUUUGGUGGAUCGUACGAAGGCAGCAAUCGAUCCGAAGCACGGAAGUCCGGAGUUAAGCUGUGAUACAGUGAGUUUCCAGGUCAUUGACGGCCAGGGCAACGCUGUGUCCAUGGUCAACAGCAACUACGAAGGAUUCGGUACGGGUCUUGUACCCAAAAAUUGUGGUUUCACUCUACAGAACCGAGGCUGCAACUUCGAGUUGCACGGGUCCAAAAUGAAUCACCCCAAUGCUCUUGCACCGAACAAACGUCCGUACCACACGAUCAUUCCUGGGCUCUCUACGUUUGCCGACUCUGGAGAGCUACACUCGAGCUUUACAGUCAUGGGCGGCUUCAUGCAGCCCCAAGGUCACGUCCAGGUUCUUAGCAACAUGCUUUUGCAUGGGAUGAACCCGCAGGAGGCGCUUGAUGCUCCACGUUUUAGCAUCGAUGUGGACCGCCCUACCAAACCUGGUAGAAGCGAUGGCGGCAGCUCCGUCUUGGUUGAAAAAGAUCUCGGAGCGGACGUGAUUGCUGCUCUUCGUGAAAAAUUCGGCCACAACAUCCAAGAAGUGGAAGGGUUCAAGCGCACGACGUUCGGUCGUGGCCAGAUCAUUCUACGUGAUCCAAAGACUGGAGUGCUGUGUGCUGGCUCAGAUGGACGUGCGGAUGGCUGUGCCAUGGGCUGGUAAGCUCUCGUACUAUACCGAAUUAGGAGAUACUAAAGAAAACACCCUAUUCGUACUGUAACGCAUUCUCAUAGCUAUUUAUGCAUUGAGAGGUGCAUUAUUGACGAACUCCACUCUAAAAUUUCUAAGUCGAGUUCCUGUUGCCAAAAUGAUGAUAGCA